AUGAGACUGGCAGUAAAUAACAAUUAAAAAUAUAAAAUUAAAAUAUUUAGUUUAACAAGUCAAUGAAGUGAAAUAACGGUUAAAAAUAUUAAAAGUCAACACAGUACACUACAAUAUAAAACACAGUAGAUAGUUAAGUCAACAGAGUCAAGUAAUAAGUCAAGUAAAGGUCUAAAAUGUCAAAAAUUAACGAGUUACCAGAAAAAAAGCUAAUGACUCUAACAAAAACGCAAAUUAUAAAAGGAUUUAUGGCGUAUAGAAGAGCAGUAAACGUUGAAAUUAAAAACUUGAAAUCUGAACUGGCUCAAUCUAAAGCUCAAAUAGAAGCAGAAAGGGUCAGUAGUAAACUUUUAAUCGAAGAAAUGCUUGUAGCCAAAAGACCAUCAAGUUCAAUGUCAUGCAGUACGAUAGAAAAUCCUGAGCUAAAAUCACUGGUUGCAGAUACAAGUUACAUUUCAGAUGACGAGAUGGAAGAUGAGCAAGAUGAUGAUGAGGAUGAUGAUAAUGAAGCAAGCAAGUCAGAUAGUCAGUUGGAAAAGUCCUCAGAUGUGUCAAAUAGUAGCGUAAACAAGUCAAGCAAUAAAGUGAAUGAAAAGUCCAGAGAAAAAGUAAGCGAGCCAGAGAGUGAAAUUGAAGAGUCUUCUGAAGCAUCAAACAGUCCUAUGAAAAAGUCAAGUGAAUCAGUAAAUGAAAAGUCAAGGGAAGAUGUCAGCGAGUCAGAUAGUAAAAUGGAGGAGGAUUAUGAAGAAUCAAAUAGUAAAAUGAAGAAGUCCAAUGAAAAAGUCCAUGAAAAUUCAAGACAAGAAGACAGCGAGUCAGAUAGUGAAAUGGAGGAGGAUUAUGAAGAAUCAAAUAGUAAAAUGAAGAAGUCCAAUGAAAAAGUCCAUGAAAAAUCAAGUGAAGAAGACAGCGAGUCAGAUAGUCAAAUGAAAAAGUCAAGUGGAACAGUCACUAAAAAGUCAAGGGAAGAAGGCAGCGAGUCUUUUGAAGAUUCUGAAGAACUGUCAAGUGUAUUAAUGUCUGAUCUUUGUAACAAUAAUAAUUUACUUACUAUACUAAGCUGUCCUUUGCAAUUCUUACAAAUAGCUGCAUAG